AUGGACGAAAAGGAGAAAGAAAAAGCAAAAAGAUUCGUGAGCAAAUCUAGGCGAACAAAACCAAAGCAUGGAACUUCAAAAAUAAAAUCAAAAUGUCGGAAAUCGAAAAAGAAGAAGUCGUCGACAACUUCAAAGAGUAACUCAGCCGUAUCACCACAUCGAGAUAUCGAAAAGGAAGAAAAGAAAGAAGAGAAAAAAGAAGACGUUGUGAAGAAGGUUGACCAGAGAAAGGAUUCUGAAAAGGAUGAAGAAAAGAGGGAAACAAAGAAAAGUGUUCGAAAGCGAACAGAAUGGAAAGAAGAAAAAGAACCAGAAUCUGAAAGUGAUCAUGAUGCGGAUUUGUCGUUGAAAAGGAGUCACGUUGUCGUCCCAACCCGAAAAGGAAAACCUCAAAAAGUGUCAAUCAAGCACAAUGACGUUGAUGAGAAAGUAAUGGAACGCCUUCUCAAAAAACUGAAAGAAAACAAGGCUGAACCGCCUCGACCACAAGUAGCACUUGAUGAAAAAUCAAAGAUUUUCAUGGAUCGCGUUGAGAAAAAAUCGUAUCCAGUCAAGUAUGCAACGAAGAAUAAAUCGACUCUUUUAGUGGACGAUGAUUCGGAAUUUUUCAAGCCAACGGUUCCUCAAAAAGUCAGUUCAGCAACAGUAAUACCGACGGAGGAUUCAUAUGAACACGUGCCGAAACUGGCAGAUGUGAUGAAGAUGCCAGGAGAAAAUGUGUAUCAGACAACGAUGAUGGGAGAAGUACCGUUUUGGGCAGCGUAUUUGGAACCGGAUGAGAAUGAUAUGCAAGACGUUGAACCCCCUAUAUCAGUUGGAACUGAUCAUGUCCAUGCAUACCAGAAGAAAGAACUUCAACUCAAGACGAAUAAAUCAACGAAACUAGUUCUAGAUGAGUUUCAACCUUUCUGUUUACUCACAGCACGAGACGAAAAAUUCUUUCAUCCGCAUCUUGUCUUCUCGAAUACAGUAAGAUCUCUGAUCAAUGUAGCAGCCAGGAUAGGGAAAGAAUGUUCGGUAAUUAGAAAGUCUCAAAUGAAAAGUGAUGAUGAUGAAGAUGGAGAAAAGGAGGAAUCAACACAACCAGACGAUUUGAAUCUGACAAUUUCUUUGAAACAACCAAAAAGUUUCACCUACGAUAGAUCUCGCCCUAUUUUAUCAGCUCGCGAAGAGAAGGGGAACCAACUCGCUCGAGCUCGCACACCGAAGAAAAUCGAAUCGAAGUCGUCGACAAUAAAAAUAGAAGUAGAACAAAAGCAAAGACUACGAAGUUCGUGA